CCUAAUCGUUCCGCUACCAGAUUACGAUUAGCUCGUAUACGUCAAAAUUAAGCAAUCGACCUUUUUUUUUAGUGUGGUCUUUCACGUCACAUAGUGCAUCAACUCUCGAGUUAGUGGAAGUUCUCGUUAGUGUACACAUGAGUUAAGAAAAAUGAAAAAAAUUGUGUUUUUGGGGCUUUUAUUGAAGCUCCUUGUGGUGUUAAACGCCCAACAUGCCAAUCCACUAAAAGAUCCUAACAUAUGUGGCAUUCCAACAUGUUCCAGUACAGAAAAAAAAUUCCACUAUGAUCCAGACAGAUUCUACACCUACAAGUAUUCAAUAGAAGCCAGAAGUAUUUUCAGUGGUACAAGCAAGAACGAAUCAACCCUUUUUAUCGACUCAACCGUCACCCUUAACUUUCUUAGUCAUUGUGAUGGUAUUAUUACCAUCUCGGAUACACAUAUAAGCGAGAUUAAUAAGGAUGGCUUUAAGACCGCCAAGUCUGAAAGUAGUAAUUUACUAUCCAACUUGCUUGGAAGAAAUCGUCUUAGAUUCGCCUAUAGGGAUGGGGUUAUUUAUGAAAUAUGCCCGGAUCAGAUGGAGGGAAGUUGGGCCUUGAACUUCAAGAGGGGAGUACUGAGUAUGAUCCAGAAUAGUCAGAAGAGGUUCGAUCUGGAUUGGGCUGGAGAUGAGGAGGAUGUUCGGGGUUUGUGUCCGACUAGUUAUAAAUUACUGGGAGCUAAAGAAACUAGCUUGGAAAUUAGAAGAGAGAAGGAUUUAGUUAAAUGCGUGGAUAGAAUCAGGAUUGAUUCUAUUGUACAAUAUACUACGUCAAAUUUUCACUCUAGAACGAAAAACGAAGAUAUCCUGCAAUCCUCAAGCAGUUGUCUGUUGUCAGUUGACGAAAAUAUAUAUAACAAAAUAACAUGCAAGGAGGAGUACGUUCUGGAACCUUUUUCGAAAAACGCCGCAGGAGCUAGAACAACCGUUUUGCAGGAAUUGAUAUUAAUCGAAACUGGCCAAAGAACGACUAGCGACGAGAGUGAAAUAUCCAGAAGAACUAAUUUGAAAUUCGACCAUUCGAUUCCAAAACAACCGACUAAUGGAGACUCUUCAACGACCAGGGAUUUACUGAUGAAAUUAUGCAAGGAAAACCAGCAAGAAUCGGAAAACUUCUCGGAUUUAUUUGGCAAAUUCGUUUAUGGACUGAGAGGGUUAUCCUAUCCUGCUUUGUCCAGUUUUUACUCACAUAAAGAACCCACUUGCCCAACAGCUAAAAAAAUAAUCUUAGAUGCUCUCCCUUACGUUAACACAGCAGGAUCACUUGGAUUAAUGAAAGACCGGAUAAAAGCGAAAUUAGUACCAGAGGACACACUCACAGAUUGGAUGAGCACUUUAGCCUUCAUCCCGAAUCCUGAUAAGGAAAUGCUGGAAGCAGCAUUAAUUAUUCUUAAAGAGAAACAGUAUCAGUCUAAUGUAGCUUUCAGUGUUGCAUCACUGACUCACACCUAUUGCACCUUGCAUAAAGACUGCCAAAAAACAUAUGAGGUCCAAGAGGUUGUGAAAUAUUUUGAAAGUGAACUUAAAGAUCUUAUGCUAAAUGAUAUUUUAGAGAGGGUUGUUCAAGAUAAGAUCAUAGUGACACUAAAGGCAUUGUCUAGCAUCGGAGUGAUAUCAGAGAAUUUCGAGUUGGAACUUUUUAAACUUGCGGCUGAUUCUAAUCUGGAUGUAGGUAUACGGGUGGCAGCCAUUGAAACUUUCAGGCGGCUUCCAUGCGAAAAGCACCGAAGUUAUUUCGAAAGUAUGUUCGGAGAUCAGGAACAGGACACUGAAGUACGGAUAGCUGCAUAUUUGCAAGUUAUGAGGUGUCCGAGCUACCUUUUGGUACGCACCAUAGCGUAUAACUUAAGAAACGAAGAAGUUAAUCAAGUCGGUUCAUUUGUGUGGUCACAUUUGCACAAUAUAGUUAAGUCGGCAAAUCCAUUGAAAGUCGAGAUCCAAAGUUUGCUAUCCGAGGAAAAUCUAAUUAGUAAAUUCAGCUCGGACGUGAGGAAAUUCUCGCAUAAUAAGGAGGGAUCUUUAUAUUUUGACGAAUACAACGUUGGUGGCACGUACGAGACAAAUAUACUGUUUUCCCCAUCGUCCUACAUCCCGAGAUCUGCCAUGUUAAACCUCACCGUUGAUUUAUUCGGCAAAUACGUCAACCUCUUCGAGGUCCAAGGUAGAAUGGAGGGCUUCGAACGUUAUUUCGAGUCGCUUUUCGGUCCAGGAGGGAAGGCCGAGGGUAUUAAAGAAAAAAUCGAGGAAUAUAAGACGAGGUGGAUACGAGCUGCUAAUGAGAACGAUCGGGUCGAGAAUCGAGUCCAAGAACUCGCUGAUAAUGCUAGAGAUGUCAAAAAUGAACCAAAAGUGACAGUAGGAGUGAAAGUUUUCGGAAAUGAUUUGAAAUAUAGCAGCUUCCAAGGAGAUCAGGAAAUUAAAAAUGCUCUUGACCAGUUCAAUGUAUUCACUCACCUAAAACACAUUUUAUCAGGAAAGGAAAUAACGUAUAAAAAAGCCACUAUGUUUCUGGAUAGCAACUACGUCGUUCCCACAGGAUCUGGCCUCCCGUUGUUUCUCUCGGCACUCGGCACAUCGUCGGUUAACAUCAAAUUAUUUGGAUCGCUGAGAGCUGCGGAAUUUGCGAAAAAGAAGGAAUUAGACCUGGUAGCUAAUUUCGAGCCUACGGCAGCUGUGGAUGUGUCAGCCGAGAUGUCGCUAAGCGCUUUUUACGAGAGCACUGGGAUCAAACUAAAAACUGACAUGCAUUCCUCCAUUGCUGUCAAAGGGGAUGUUAAAGUACGGGGUGCUAAGCUUGUUAGCGUUAAGUUCAGUUUACCGAAGAAAACGGUGAACAUUUUUGGGGCAAGAUCCGAAUUAUUGGUUAAACAAAACAACAAGGAUCUCCCUCAAGGUGGCCUUCAGACCCCAACUGUAUCCAGCACUCAAUGUACUUGGUCGGCUUUCUCUGAUGCAAUUGGUCUAACGCUAUGUCUUGAUUAUAACUAUAAAAACUCAACUCAGCUACCAUACGCUCCAGAUUUUAUGUUAGCAGGUCCAGCUAGCUUGCAGCUACACAUCCAGAAAUCUGAUCCAACAGCUAACGUUUACUUGUUUGAAUAUAAGUCCACUCAGAAUAAAGGCUUGGGUGUGGUAUCCUUAAGGUUUGACACACCAGGGUCGGAGGUUAAAAGGUUAAUUCAUGCUAAUUUUACUACCGAAAGCUCUGGGAAUAAUUUAACUAUGCUUAUGCAAAGCUCUGCUGGGAUGAUCCUUGCUAAAGGCCGCAUUAAGAACACUGACGAUCAGAAGAUUUUUCAAAUGACUUUGGAUAUAGACGAUAAACAGCAUUUUGACGCAACUAUUGCCUAUGAUAGAUUCAAAAAAGUCAAUGGGUUCCUUUACAAACCGAGAGUCUAUUUAGGAGUUAACGGAGAAAGAGUUACGGAGCUACAAGGUACAAUAGACCUCAUAAGUAAAAAAGAUAUCUCCCAAUAUACUGUAGAUCUAAAGUUUCAAACAAAACGCCUGACCUCAAAACUGUUUGGAUACAUUUCCAAAACAGAAUCUUCCAUAGGUAUUGACCUAAGUCUGGACUACAAAUUUGUAAACACCAGGGAGCAAAGGGUCUCUAUGACUUUCAGAAUAGCAAACCGAUCCAAAAAAAAUCUGGCAAAAAUUAUUGGAGACUGUGACGUCCAGUCCACUUCGUACCCCAGUUUAAACUUUCAGGGUAAUAUGACUUUCCAGCGUAGCGGCAAUCACAUGGAAUUUAAAGUAGGUUUAAUCCAAAACCCGCUGCCUCCGAAUGAUCCAAAUUCAGAUUUUGAGAGCCUUAAAUUCGAUUUUCUAUUUUCCCAUAAGGCUUUUACGGAUGCCAAGCAAACAAUUAAAGCCGUAGCUAACGUAAAACGGAUAUCAAGUAAUUUGGAUUUGAAAGGGUCGUUGUUUUACGAAACGAUUAAUUCAAAUACUAAUAUGGAGUGCAUCGUGAAUUAUGGGCAUAAUAAGCAAGUUUCUUUGGCUGCUUUUUAUUCACAUCCCAGAACCACUUUAGAAGAAAUUAAGGCGUACGUUAAUAUUUCCGUACCUACCUUUGUACCUAUGCUUUUAAAGGUGGAAGUCAGCGAGAAGCAAAGUAAAAAUUAUAGGUUGGACCUCAGUGGUACAUGGUUUAGUGGUCAUAGCGCAGCCGCAGUAGGAUUUUACCAAGAUAGUAGUACCUCAAUAACUUCGAACCACCAUUUAAAGCUCUUCAUUACAUCACCAACAUUUAAGGAUAUUAGCAGUGAUUUAAUUAUUUAUAGAGAUAAUGAAGAAAUCAAAGUAGACGUUAAGGUUACACAUGAUAAUAACGACUACCAGUUUCUGUUGGAUCAUCAAUCCCCUUUAACGAACCAGCUACGUUCAUAUAUAAAAAUUAAAUAUAAAACUAAACUGUACAGCCUCAAUACUGUAGUAACCAAAGGUAGCCACAUGAAGAUAUCCAGUGAACUUCAUAUUGACCAGUUGAGAGACGUGGAGUUUUCAGUGUGGGUAUUCAAUGAAGAAUCACAAAAGGCUUUAGGGUUCGAUAUUAACUGGGACGCUAAUAGAGACCCGAAUCAAAAACUGUUGGUUGCUGCCAAUUUUACAAAAGCAGCCGAUUUCAAUUACAACGCAGAUUUAAUCGUUAGCUAUCCAGGGCGGACCAUCAUCGGGAAAUACGAAUUUCUGUUAGAAAAGGGCCACAUUGAUAUGCUGGCCAGUGUCUCAUGGGAUGACGGCAAAUCAUUCGCAAUUAAUUUAAACGUCAAAUACAGAUAUGAAAACGAAAUAUUUUUCGAAAUAUCAUCCCGACUUAAUACCCCGUUGGAAUCCUGGAAAAAUAUGAAGCUCACUGGUGUGUUUGAACACAUAAACCAAAAAUACAUCCUAGAUGGAGCAUUAACAUGGAAUCCAAGACAAAAAGUAGCAAUUAACUUAUUUGGCGAUUAUGCGUCCAAUGAGACGAGCAUAGAUUGCAGAUACAGCUGUGCUGUGCAAAGUACCAUGGCCUCCAUACCAAAUAUAAACACAACAUUGCAGCAUGCGCAGAACGGGUCAGAUUAUAAUACUAUUGUUCAUUUAAUGUAUAAUCCGGAAUUUUUGAUCGACAUUGACAGUAAAUGGCAAAUUCAGAGAAACGAAAGAACCUCAAACCUAACAGGAACUGUAAAGACAAUAACCCCGUUUCCAGGUUUAAAGAAAACAAUCUUUGUCAGUAAAAUAACUUAUGAUACGUCAAACAAAUACCUGCGUGGUGUCGCUGAAGUCGAUGUAGAUCACAAAAGUAUGCUAAUUGAUAUGGAAGGAAAGUUUAGGAAAUUAAUGGACAGUAUGUUUGUGGCCAACAUCACAACCCCCGAUGAGAAGUACCAAUGUAGGUUUAAACUCUCUAAGAAAGAGAGACACUUUGUGGCACUGAUCAGUUAUCCAGACGGGAAUUUGGGAACGGAAGUGCUAUUGGUUUUUAAUGAUUUAACUGAUUUUGAUGUGAAGUUACUUUUGGCUACCCCUGUUGAGUUUUUGGAGAAUGUGGUAGCUGUUGCUAAGUUGAAAACUGGAGCGGCCGAGUUCCGGAUAGGUUGGAACUCCCUCACAUUGGGAGUUUCAGGUCUAUGGCAUUAUGUAAAUAUCAUCGACUUCGAAUACGCAUACAAGAUUUAUACCCCAAUAAGAGAUUUCGAAGAAAACGGUGUUGUGGCCAGGCUUGUACUCAAAGAUGGCUUAGACUUUGAAGUUUCCUUCCAGUUAUCUCUGUAUAAGUUAGGUGUAAAACUCUUAGGAAAACCAAAACCAAAGCCCCUUAAAGAACUAGGAAUAAAUGUAAAAGAGGUUUACAAUACAAAACCAGACUUACAAAUAGAAGAAAUGAACAAAACUGAUGAUUUCCUAAGCCUAGAAGGCCUUAUUGAAAUAGAUGCAAUCUUUCUUCCAACGAUGAAGGGAGAACUUGAAAUAGAUCAGAAGGGGACAACGCUAUAUGUGCUUCAAUCAAAACUCUCCUUGCCGCAUGGAAUAGCAGUGAUUAUAAAUGAGUUUGAAUACAUUGAUAUUUUAGCUAUGAGCAACUAUUUAAGGAUAACCACCCCCUAUAAAAACUUAAAAGAAAUCAAGUCAGAUUUUAAGCUGCGAUUUGUGGAAAGCAAACGUUAUUUGUUCAAUUUGGGGCUGUAUUAUUUGAAUAAUACAUUACCUACUAAAGCAAGCAUUCUCGCGGAAUACAACGUAAACCGGCAAGAUAUUGACGAAAGAAUUUACAACGUUACCCUAGAAGUAAAUACCCCGUUUAAAGCUUUUCCAAACUUGAAAUUGUUUGGGGCUUUUGAAACCGAGGAGAAUUUUUAUCGCACGAAGCUAUUAUUCACAACAAAUAGAAGUGAUAUAUCUCUGGACGCCACCACGGAAAUCGAAGAGGGAUGGCUAGAAUUAACUUCAGACCUGAAGUUUCAAACGGCAAUCAUAACAGUGCCAAGAUCCCUAUUGAGACUUACCAAAAGGACAUCCCUUAAUGAUAACUUCGUUGAAGCUCGCCUAAACGUACCAGAAAAACUACAAUCGGAAAUAUAUUUCAGAAGUUCUUGGCUUUUGAAAGGAGUAAAUCAGUUUAGGAGCACAUUAGAACUCGAAACUCCGUUCACGGGACUCGAGAACACUAAGGCCGCCGUGGAUUUCUUAUCUACGGACGUAAGAACAACUUUGUCCUCGUACUUGCAGGUUAAUCCCAUUGAGGGUAAAGUAAACUCAACUUUUGAAAACAACCUUUUGACUGUGAGCUCUUUGAUUAAAUUUAGUGGAAAAGUUAUCCCAAUAAAUGUUCAAUGCCACAUUAUUCCGUCAAACGCCCACCGCACUCUCAAUGGCACCCUAUUAGUCACCGAGAAAGUAUUCAAUAUAAAUGGAGACGCGGAUCUUAUGGGAAGUUUACCCGUAAAAGUUUUAAUCACUUUAACGCCAAACGAUAAUGGCCCUACUUCAACUUUUCAAUACAAUCUCGAGCCUACUUUAAAGGGUUAUACAUUAGUUGGCUCGCUUGGUUUCGCUAACAGAUUGGCCAGAUUUAGUGGCAAUGCCACAGGACACAGUAAGCUUAAUUGGGAGAUUUAUUUACAGGUUGAUCCUCCUAAUCCAGAACAAAAAGUAACCCUUCAUGGAACAGCAAAAACUGAAAUUAAUGGGACUUUUAUAGAGCUGGAAGCCUCUACGAAUAUUCCUAAACUGGAACAUCCAUUAUUCGGACUUAUUUAUAGGGAUAAAGAUUUAGUAAAACAGGCUAAAGGAUAUUUCAAGAUAACGCAAGCUGAAGGUAGUGCUGAUAUCGAGCUGACUUGGCUCUACUUAGAAAACAUGAUCCUAAAAGCUGUCGGAAACUACAAAAAUCCUAUUUAUGUCAGCUCGUCUCAAUUGGAAAUGUUUUACCAAAACCCAGAUAAGUCAUUCGUUGACGUGAAAACUGGAGGAGACCUGAAAAUCGAUCGGCUAUGGGAGGCGGGUGCAAAUGCUUCAUUAAAGUUACCAAAUAAGAGCAAUAUAAGCUUAGAGGGGCACAUUAAAAUCCCUAAUGACUUUAAAGAGACUCAUAGUCUGUUUGGCGACUUAUCAUACACGACUGGACUGAAAUUUGUUGACUAUCUAGUAAAAUACCGAAGCACGUAUCCUAUCAGGAAAUAUGGACUAUGGGGAGAGGUUUCCUUGGAAAACAAGCGGGAAAUGUCAGGAAAUGCUACGAUCGAGUGGAACGGCGAACAAUACCAUAACGAUGCUAACUUAAAACUGCCAGUGGAAAAUGCGUUAGAAUUCGGUUAUAAAUUAAAAACACCCAAGUAUGAUGAUAAGCAAUUAUUUGUGGCCGAUGUGAUUUAUGGAAAAAAUGGCGAACACCAUAAUGUUACAUGUAAAACGUUUUACCCCGAAGAUGUAUUGUUGGCUUAUGGAACGAUUGACUAUGCGGAAUUGGCCAACAUGUUUGGCACUCUCAAUAUGUCCUUGCCACAUAAAUCACUCAAUUUUUCUGGGCUACAUUUUAAAGCUGAAACUAAUCGGGAUGUGCACAAUCGUUACUUGCAAGUAUUUUGGGCUAACGAUACUGCUCUGUUGGACAGCAAAUGCAAAAUAAAUACAGAUUCUGUGUCUUCAAAGCAUUAUGCAGGAGAUUUGGUAGUGGAAGUACCCCUUACUACAAGGCAUGUUGGCGUAAUUGAUUACGAAUAUCAGAAAAACUCCGAUCUCAGCAUGGGCAAAGCGACUGUAAUCUACAACGGCGGCAAUGUUCUCGAUGCCAAAUAUAAUUGCCUGUCCAAAUCAGAGGCGGACGCAGCUACGGACACGAUCCAUGUGGAACUAUUAAAUAAAAUUAUCCCCAUCGGAGCCGACUAUGUGCAUCGCCAGGAAAACGGUUCGCCUAGGGACGCUUACAUCGUUCCAGCUCUGGACAAAAAAAAUUUGCACCUCUACCACCUACAAAAUCAGUCAAAAUUCAAUUUAACAGGAGAAGUGAAAGUCAAAACUCAUGAUAAUGGACAAGGAUUUGUUAUAGCAGCAACUCAUUCCAAUCGAACUAUCAACUUAUCAUCAGGAUAUUCAAUUGAGUCUCAAAAGUAUAGUCAACGGUCCAGAUUGGAACUUAGCCCUAAAGUCUGGAUCGAAUACGAUUUUAGCCUUAUUAAUAAAACUGUGGACGAUCAUUUUGAUGUCGAGAUGUUUGUGGUGAAUUUAUCCUACCCACGACGAAACGUCAGCGGUCAGGCGUUCUAUAACGUUAGUGACUCUAUUAUCACCACUGAUAUUUUGCUUGAGUGGGAUAAAGAUAAAAAGACUGUCGAAGCCGCGUUGGAUUGGAGGAAACUCGAUUUGAACAGAGGGCAGCUCAGUCUUGUACUUAAACAUCCAUCCUUUCAAAAAGACGUUUCACUUGUAUCAUCUUACGGCUAUGACAAUUCAUCACUAGACGGCGAACUUGUAAUUGACUACUCGCCAAACGCCGAGCAAAUGGUAACAGUUGGUGUACGAGCAUCCGAUAAAUCGUCAACACCAUCAUAUUCCUAUACGUACAACAUUUGGGCCGAACAUAAUGCUACCAAUUUACAUUUGACUAGUAAUGGACUUUUCCAUUAUAGUCCUGAGAUGUGUCAAUUUGAACACACUGCCGAAUAUCAACGAUCAUAUUUACCUUUGACAACAUCCUUGGCUUCUGCUAAGGUUGAUUUUAAUUUAAAGGAUGUUAGUUUCAAGAAACACGAUAUCAUUGGUAAAUCACAUUUCUGGGGAAGAUACGGCGGAAAUUACCCAAUAUACACUGCUAACAUGACAGCUGCCCACAGUGUAAAUUAUACCGCUGGAUCGUUUUAUCUUAAUUUUGCUGAAAAAUUACUUUAUGCUGAUGUCAACCUAACCGAGGAUGGAAGUCAAAGCCUGCACAUCCACGGUGUAAUUCCCGAUGCACGUAACGUAGAAUUCGACGUAUGGCGAGACUACGAAGACAAGAGACUCACCGACGUAUCCUAUUAUCUAAAACUGAAUCACUCAAGAUUAAUAAUGUCCCAGCUGAAAUGGCGCCCCGAGCUGAUAAGCGACGUCCAGAAUGGAAUCCGGUCGCAAGCGAUGCAGUUGUAUUAUGAAGCUCUGGAUCAAAUAAAUGAUACCAGACAAUAUGUUAUGGCGGAGUCUAUGGAAACUAUUGAUGCUAUAUGGCAGGAUUCAAAGCCUAUUGUUUCUGAUUUUCUAACCGAUCUAAGGAACCUCGCUGUAAUAGAAGACGACAUCGAAAAUCUAAAAGAGUUCCUAAAUACAUCGUACAAUAACAAUGACUUUUAUAUUAAAGAUAUUUCAACAGUCAUUAUAACACUUAUUGAUGACUUAUCUUUAAAAUCCCAUCUUCAAUCGUUACCAAAAAUUUUCCAAGAACUAUGGACCAUUAUGGGGGCCUCUGGAAAGAAUUUAAAAGAAAGUAUUAAAUUUGUCAUUGAAAAGGUUAAAUCAUACUAUGUUAAUACAACUAAGUUCAUCCAUGAUUUAAUUAAUGGAGAUCCAGUGCGUCAUUUAUCAAAAAUUUUGGAAAAGAUCGUGGACAAAUAUGAUGAUUAUAUAAAAAAUAUGCAUGUGGCCACUUUACAAUAUAUAGAAAUGUUAUGGAACGAAACUUAUGAGCUGAUAGUAGACAAUUGGCACCAAGUUUUAGCUGCAAUGGAACCUACUUUCCUUAAGUUUAUUCACUACGGAGAAACAAUACUUUGGACAACCGGAAAAGAGUUUUUGGAUUUCCUAUACAUCCGAAAGAACAAAAUAAUUGAGUCAGCGUAUUUCACGGAGUUCACGAAAUUUUCACGGGAUGCCGAUAGAUUUUACAAAGAUAUUACCGGAAAUAAUACCGUGGAGGCCAUUUAUAAAUACGGCACCAUCGCUUGGAAUUUUGUAAACGAAAAAUACAUUAAUCAUAUACCGUUCGGGAAGGAGCUCAAGGCGGUAGUCUUGGAAAUAAUUGCCGAACUGGAACACCUGGGCGAAGUACCAGCCAUUAAAUACGGCCUUGAUAAAGUUAACGAAGUUUUCGACGGGGUCAAGUACUACUAUAAAUAUUUUGAAGUUGAAUAUCGGGUGCACAGGUUUAUUAGGUUUUUGUAUAGGAAGGUAUCUGAGAUGUCUGUUACGGCCCUGGAAUAUGAUAACAGGGCAAGAGAAGCUAAAACAAAGUUCGUAUACGAACCAAAUGAUGGUAUAAUGCUUUUAGAGGAAAAACUUCCGAUGUCUUGGCACGGAUUUAAUGAAACUCCACAAUUCCAGGAAAUUCCCGAAAUGAAAAUGUUCUACAACAUGUACAAUUAUCUGGCCAGCUCCGAAAUAUCUUUUUGGAAUUUCUACUACAAAUACAUGCCGUAUACAGACCCACUAGAAUGGCUCCCUCCAUUUAAAGGUCAUGCCAUGUUAAUUGGCGGAAGGCAUUACGUAACUUUCGACAAAAAACAUUACGAGUUUAAAGGGAGUUGCACUUACUUGCUGACAACAGAUGUUGUAGACAGAAAUUUUACCCUUCUGGUUUCGUACAAUGAAAAUGGGGUGUCUAAUGAAGUCAUUUUGCUGAUUAACAGGACCAUUAUCAAUAUUGACAUGUUUAAAGACGUUAUCACAGUUAAUGGUUCUGAGAAGAUGUUGCUUCCGCUUGAAAUAGGUAACAACUAUUUAUACAGAGAAGCCGAAAUUCUAUAUUUAACCAGCAAAUCCGGCUUUCGGUUAGAAUGCAAUAUUAAAUUCCAGAUAUGCGUUUUCGAAGUGACAGGGUGGCAUUUUGCGAAGACUGCCGGGCUUUGGGGGACAUACAACAAUGAACCUAACGAUGACAUUAGUUUUCCCAAUAAAACUAAAGUUGAUGCGAGUGAUUUAACGAGAUUUGGUGACAGCUGGGUCGUCAGUCAAGAUUGUAAAACUAAAAUUCAUUUAGAUUCUAAUCAGUUACCUACUCGAGAAAUCCAAAGUCUUUGCCACGAGUUUUUCUUCAGCAAAGUUUCCGACUUAAGCUUAUGCUUUGAUCGCAUUCCAAAAGAUGAUUUCGUAAAUAUCUGUAUGAAAAGUAACACACCCCAAGAAGCAUGCCGAAGUGUUAUCGGUUACAUUGAAAUGUGCCAAAGGGACAACACACCAUUAAACAUUCCCGAUUCGUGCAUCAAAUGUAAAUUAUUAAAUGGCACUGAAGUUCGUGAAGGGGAUUUCAUCAGGCAAUAUGGGAAUACGCUACCGAGAACCGCCGAUGUGGUUUUUAUAGUCGAAGCCAAGAAAUGUAAUAAAAAUCUGAAGGAGCGUAAAAACUUUAAAACCGUUGUGGAGUCAAUAAACCAGGAGCUCGCUGAGUUAAACAUAACGAAUAACAGGUAUGCUGUUGUUGUGUUUGGAGGCGAUGGUGUUUUUAAUGUACCUAGAAGCAUCGUCUCGGAAAAUGGGGUAUUUACUAACGCUAUAUCUGUCUUGAGGCAUUUUGACUUUCUUAUUGGCAAUGGCAGCUCAGACAUUUAUAGAGCAAUAACUUAUGCCAACGAACUAGUGUUUCGUCCAGAAGCAUCUAGAAACUUCAUACUGUUGCCAUGCUCUUCUUGUGAAGAACAUAAUAUGGAGUACGAUUACGGAGUUGUCCAUCAAUUGCUGUUUGAAAACUCCGCCUCCUUACACAUCUUAAUGGAUAAUUCUUUUAGCAUAAAAGCCAACGAGUACAGAAAGCGAGAAAAUAAAGUAACAUUUGGUAUUGAUUUGGUCACGGCCUACACGAAAAAAGACAUAAAAAAACUUGAGGGGGAUCAAGCAUUGAGGAAUUCAAUCAGCCUCUCGAAAUCAACGUUGGGACUUUGUUCGUCUCUCGCCUUAGAAACAAACGGUACAAUUUUCAGUGCAAAACAGCUUGAAAUCCAGAAAAACGCGAAAAAAUUCGCCACAGUUUUUGGAAAAAGGGUGGCAUAUAGUGCUGCUCCAAGAGAUUGUACUGAAUGCGAGUGUACUUCAUUUACAAAUGGCUUAUCUCGAAUGGAAUGUGCUCCAUGCACUUAUCCCAGGUCGAAUAUUGAACACAAUUUCUUUGAAGAAGAUGAAAUCUUUUAAUGACGCGCCACGUAUAACUUAUAUUUUAGUUUUAAUUGACUUUAUAUAAAAAUGUAACUUAAAAAUUUAUUGUACGGACAUAUUUCUAGGCAUUUUCAUUAAAAAAUUAUGAGAUAUUAAUAAA